GAGUCACCGUUCUCGUCUCAAGCUCACGAUCUCUUCGCCCUCAACUCUCGCAUCAGCCAUUUCAAAAAAGAAAAUGGGAGGUGGAAAGGACAAGCAUGAUAAAGACGGCAGCGACAAAGGAUUACAUGGACAUGGACAUGGACAUUCUGGAUAUUAUCCUCCAGCAGGGUACCCUCCCGCACCUGGGGCAUAUCCACCACAAGCUUAUCCCCCAGCACCUGGGGCAUAUCCACAACAAGGGUACCCUCCACAGGGAUACCCUCCACAGGGAUACCCUCCUGCUGCAUACCCACCAGCAGGAUAUCCUGGAUCAUCUGCUCCCCCACAUCAAGGGCAUGGAUCUCAUAUGGGGGCAAUGUUAGCUGGUGGCGCCGCAGCCGCUGCAGCUGCUUACGGGGUGCACCAUAUGGCCCAUGGUUCCCAUCAGGCUGGCCAUGGGGCCUAUGCUGGGCAUAUGCCUGGCCACCAUGGCAAGUUCAAGCACCAUGGCAAGUUCAAACAUGGCAAGUUCGGGAAGCACAAGCAUGGCAAGCAUGGGGGAAAGUUCAAGAAGUGGAAGUGAUCGUGUGUGUUCUCUCAGCUGAGCCUGACUCCGGUAAGAAGCUCUCUUAUAUUUCCGAUGACGACUUGAACAUCUUUCCGAUGUUCAAACAUGGCAAUUUUGGUCACUCUGCAGUGUGACUAUUUCCGAUGACGACUCGAACAUCUUUCAGUUUGGCUUCUGGUUGAAUAAUAGAGCUUCUAAGAUUAUAUUUGGCAUA